CCUGCCAACUUGCAGGACCUAUCAACUUGUCCUGCAACUUUUUAAAGAAGGAAACAGGAAGUGGCCAUUCACUUUGUUCUUUUAGAGUUCUAUUUUUUGGGAAGAAUCCACAGUGUCAUUCUGGAGCUCUUUUGCUCACAGGUAGUCAAAAAAAGGUCAGUCGCUGUUGCACACAGAGAUCAGUUUUACAAGUCCUGGGUCUAGUCUGGUUCUGGUACAUGUUCAGGUUUGGACCUGAUUCAGUCUGAUCUGAGCUGGAAUGCCGUGAAAAGAAGGGUGGGGGGUCACAAUUAUGACUUUAGACUCAACUUGAAGAAUUUACAAAUGACUUGUGACUUUCCUCUGACUUGAUCUGACUUCAGACUUGCGUGUGUCUGGACUUGAUUCUAAAGUGGAGAGACUUGAGAGUUAUUAGUGACUUGUUCCCACCUCUGAUGACUGAAGAUGUGAACCUGUUGAUGUCAGAACUUUAAUUUUUCGUUUCAUCUCCUGGAUGGAAAAGAUGACAGCAACACCUGAGUCCCUCUAUGCAGUCAUGUGCACCACCUGACAGUCAGGUUUACCUUUGGGGCGGAGCGGCCUGGGAGCUGAGAAAAGCCGAGACUCAGCUGGUCUCCUAGCUUUAAUUAAAACACCGACACCCCCUUGAGAGCAGCAGAAGAGUGUUUAUAGAAACCUGCCUGUGCUGCUCAGUCCUCCACCACAGAGGAAGAAGGUGGAUGGAUUCGACAUUAAGCAACUGAGAUGUCGUUCCAGAUCCUCGUCACUUCAUUCAGACUGAAGAAAAGUUUCAGCUGCUGGUUCUUUGAUACAGAUCUGGUUACAGCCUGGUGUGCAUCUCCAGUGGAUGACAGGUGGGACCACACCUGGACAGGUCACCUGUCACAAUGAAAACCUAAAAAAUAAAUUCUGGAUUAAAUAUCCUGUUUUUUUAUUUAUUUUUUUAUUCCUCUCGUUGUUUCGAGUUCCAACAAAAAUAACUGUUCGUUUAGCAUCAGGAUGUUAAUUUGAACAUUCCUAUGACAUCACACAGGUGAUGAGCUGUGGUUGGUCAGGGAGCUGUAGGGAGAGUCUUUAACUUUAUGAUGCUUGUGUGACCGUCUGCUCCCACCAGAUGAGUGAUGACAUCAUGAGCCGGUGGCGUCGUUCAGUGGAAGAGGUGACAGCACGAAGACAGCUGGCUGAGUGUGAGCGUGCUCAGAACGCUCUCAGUCGAGUCACUUCCUGUUUUCAGCAGUUGGUGAUGUCACUUGGCAGCUCAGCUGAUAGCAGCUUCUUGCGAGAAGAGAUGGUUGAGACCAGAGCGCUCGCUCAUCGGAUUUGUACUGGCCUGUCUCGCCGCCUGUUAUCCCUGCUGUCAGACAGUAAUCCCGCCCCUUCAGGUGUGGCAGACAAACAGGAGCCGGAGCGUCUCUGGGUUCUCUUUCUGUCUGCAGUGGAGAACUUCCUGUCUGACCUGCGUAAAGCCAAUGAUCUGAUUGGACAGUUUCCCCUGACUCAGCGCUCAAACAGGCAUUCUCUGGUCAACACAGGAUGCAUGGAUGGAAUGGUGGGCAUGGCAGCUCGGGUGGCUCUAGUCCAGGUUCCUUGGCUCACCUUGGAGGAGGUGCCUAGUCCUGAUCUGGCCAAUCACAUAGCAGUUCUGGAGGCCAUGCUGAGUGAGAUGCAGCUGAGGGUUCCUGUUGCGUUCUGGUCGGUGGAAGCAACCCAGCCAGCGUGGGCUGAAGCUCUUGGAGAGCCUGAUGAUCCAGACACCAACCUGGAGAACCUGAUGCAGGCCGAGGUCACCUUCAACAGCACCAAUGUGUCUGCCUGCUGCGGACUCAGCUGCGUUGGCUAGACUCUUCAGACUGGAGGUGUUUUGAAGAGCGACACAUUUGAGGAUUCAGGAUCAGGAUCAGAGCCAAGGAAGAUGAAAGUCUUUUUAGCCGAUUGGUUCAAAUAAAAUAAUCAGAGUAACUUUAUUCCUUUCUUAUGGAGCGAGACUCCAGCCAACUGCAUCAUUAACACAACGAAAAAAUCUCUGUAUUUUAUAAUUAUUCAAAUCAAUUAGAUCAUAACAAAUGCAAGUUAAAGCGCACGAGCUUCCUGCUGUUACUCAGCUGUUCUCAAGAGGGCAGGUGACCUGUUGUAGCUCUACUGCUGCAUUAACUGACCUCUGGCCCCAAAUAUUCCUCACUUCGCCUGCAUCCGGUUAGAGAUGCUAAACAUCCAUCUGUGGCUUGUUUUGUAAAAUGUUUUAACGAGGUUUAGUUCAACAUCUCUAAAGGGAAACUAAGCAGAUGCAAUGUUUGUAAGCGGCUACUUUUAAUAAAUUAUCAAUAGAAUAUAAAGGUAUUCAAUAAAAUGUAAUUUUCCAUAAAAUAUGGAUUAUCAAUUUUAUUGAGCCUUUGAUAUUCAAUUGAUGAUGAAACUAGGUACGUUGGGUACGCCAGGGAAACAGCACUUAUAAUUUGACACGGAGACAGAAAUAUAGUUUAUAAAAAUCUAUAUUACUAUAUUUCUGCUACUAGAAUGAAAUGACAAAUGAUUAUGUAUGCCGAGUUAAGGUGAUAUCAACUGAAUGAGAAAGGAUGAAAUACGAGCUUAGAUGCUAUGUUAAUAAACCUAAUUAAGUCUUAAAAGAUUGUGAUGUCUGGGUUGUAAAAGUAGUUUAGCUGAAUGCAAGUCACUCCAAAUCAACAUUUUUUUUGCUGUUAAACUAUAAAUGAGUGUCUGAUCGUGCUGUAGACAAAUGUAGUCAAUAAAUUUGGCACUUUAGUGCAUCUUAGUUAAAAUUUAAAUUUUCUGCCUAAAACGGUCAACGAUGCACGUCAUCAGGCAAAAACUCUGCACUGCGUUUGAAUUUAAAUCUGCCAUUGCUAUUGGCUAAGAGGUACCCUGAUGUUAGAUGGGACAUUAUGUCACAAUGUCGUGAGUGUAUUUGUUAGCGGCUCCACCCUGUUUGCUAGGCAACAGCAUUUGUUGCAUUUUUCAAACAGGAAGUGGGAGUUGAGAAAGAAUCGGGUCGGGGGUGACUUGCUCUUUAACAAAUUAUUAAAACCAUCCUGUCGCCAGGUGAGAGACCACGAUUACCCUUGUGAUGGAAGUUCUCGGUAGGUCCAGCUGGCUAGGGAGUAGUCAGCUUGCUGUUGGGAGGAGUUGACUUCUGGAAGGUCAAAGGUCGCAGCUUCCUUUGAAUUUGCACAACUGGCCAGUGAGAUACAUCCAGGUCUGCUGGCGAGAUGUUGCACGUCUGAGAGGUUUCUCUGAUGGGAGUUUUGCAAAGAAGGAUGGUUCCUUAUGCUACUGACCCAGUUGGCCUAACAGGACAGCGUGCUAGAACUGAAGAAUCCAGGAAGUAAAUUGUCUUUUAUAAAAUGGGUUCUUUACAAAGUUAGACAAACCAGUAUGUAGAACGUCUUCAGACACCACUUCGUUCCUGCAACACUUAGAGGCUCAUUACACUUAACAUGAAGUAAAUCUGUUAUACAGUCAUUUAUCAAUAUAGUAAUAUUAUGUGAAUAUACUGAUAAUAACUCAUUAAAUUCAACAAGUAGAAUCAUGUGGUGUUUUUAAGAUCUGAAAUAAAACA